AUGGGCGACUACUGUGGCAGUAGGUGCAAGAACGCCGCGUCGGAGUUCCAGUUCGGGUUGGAGGCACCACAGAAGAUAUUUCAUGACGGCCGGUGGUACCCCGAUGCGUAUACUCUUUACGUGGCUCGAAAGUUCGCGGGUCCGGUGGCAGAUAAGAUCAGUCAGUGCGGAAACGCUCGGGAGGCAAAGAAGUUGAUUUGGGCUUACGAGGAAGCAGGCCUAGUGGAGAGGCGUCCUGACUGGGAAGAAGUUAAGGACGACAUCCUGCAAGACGUGCUCCGCUUAAAGUUCGGAAGGAGCCAUCAGUUGCGGAUGGCGCUGAAAGGCAUUGAGCAGCGCUUCAUAGUCGCGGACAUGCCUCGUGAUCCCUGGUUGGGUAAUGGAUCAGAUGGGCGAGGACAGAACAAGCUGGGCAAAGCACUUACAAGGUUGCGCGACGCCCUCCAAGACGAUAUCUUCGCAUAG